AUGGAUUCUCGUCGUGCAGUAUCCUCAACAGCUCUCUUCUUCGUUGCCAAAAAGCGCCAGUGGGCGAUGCGAGAGACUAUUCGUCGUUCUGCGCGACAAGUGGCCCAAGCGAUCAAGACGCCUUUGACUUCCAGAUUCCCGAAGGUUCCUGAGCAGCUCAGAAGAACCCAGACGAAGGAAGACAAGAAGGAGACAAGGAACCAGAGACUCAAUGACUUGGAGAAAGGAUUCAAGACUUCGAACUCGAGCAACCGCUCUGUUCUGGUCACCGCCGGCGAACCAGCUCAAGGCGAUGAGAAGAAGACCAGAGGUUGGGGAUCAUUCUUUGCGUUUGAUCGCUCGUAA